UGGCGGAAAUCGUCUGUCAAUUUUGAUGAUUUAUAGGGGUGACUCCUAUCUUAACACUGCCCAUAAACCGUGUAUUCACCCCAAUUGUUUUAUCAAGAUUGACUAUUUAAUGCCUAAUUGUCAAAUUUCACUGAAUGGAAACCGUAGUACUUGAACAUGAAUGAAAGUGAAACUCGAUAAACUCUAAUUGGAUUUUAAUUGAUUGAUUUUUUACUAAUUAAGAAAUAAUGGCUACGGGGAGUGCCCUCAACCUAUCGCUGUUGUCCCGUGGGGUCGGGGAGGUUAAAAGAAAUGGGACAGAAAAAGUUGAUGUUAUUUUUGAACCACAGGAUUAUUUCAACUUUGUCGAAGGAUCCCAUGAGCGGCCUUUUUUCCUGCCCCCUCUGCAGCCACGAUAUGGAUUCACCACUCAUGAACCGCCACAGCUUUCCUCCAGGAAAGAUGAUAUACGGUACACACAAAGUUACACAAAGGAUGCGGUUCACCUUCCGAAGACAUUCACCACGCGUAAAGGCGCGCUACUUCUCUUCUCCGAGGACAUGGCAAAUCGUACGCGGCCCACAGAACAUCACAAAAAGCACCGAGCCCUCGGUUUCCACAGCAAUCAAGAUGUCACUGACUCUACCAAUCCCAUCACAAUGCCCGAGGAACAUGACUUAAAGACGGUGGAUGACUUGGCCAAGUCAAUUCUGUCUUAUGGGGGCUUUGAUGAGGGAAAAAUGAACCUAAAAUUCCUGCAGAAACAACGACGUUAUGACUUUGACCGACAGAUUCGACCAGGUUUCUCAGCUAAACGAUAUCUCUCAACAUGGACCAAAACAUGGGACGAUAAUGUCCUUGAAAAGGUCAUCAGCAAAGGCUACUUGACAGAGAAAUCCCUCUUCUACUACAACCCUCUGCUACCUCAUCUAUCUCGACGACUCAAUGACGACCUCUCACACUACCCAACGCCGUACAAACUGUUACGCAGCAUGCUGAUAUCACCUGGCUCUUUGUCAGGCUACACAUUCUACAGGGUGCGGCCAGAGUCUCAGGAAACUGACUACUAUGACAUCGCAGAGGAGGAAGAUGAAGAAAGUCGUUUGAGUCGCUCAAGAGGUGCGGGUUCCGUGAAAGUUGCAAGCCUUGCUGCUGAUGGUCAUUUACAUGAGGCAGUUUACAGCCAGCUGGAUAAGAAGUCGCAGGCGGAGGUCCUUACUGACCUUCUUGUGAAAGGCGCUGUACACUAUGCUCUGGAGAAACAACAGGUGUACGCAACAAAAAUUGUGGAACUUCCUGAGGAGGAGACGAAGAAUAUUCCCAAGUUUGAUAUGCGGGAUGCAGUGGAGUCUAUGCUACAGUCCAGUGAACAGCGUGGAGUUCCAGCCCAAGUUUUAGACGCAGACCUACCAGAACGAGACGACCGCUCGCAGCAGUCUGGCUCAUUCAAGGGAAGCAAACUCGGACAGCAUCGAAGAGGUCCGACUGGGGAGCUGUCAGUCACAUGGCGAGAUGACGCCUCCUCCCACAGUUCGGCAAGUGGGAGGGGCUUACCUACCACCCUGCCAGGCCCCGCCCCCUUGCCACCGAUUGGUCACCAAGAUAAGUCACACACUCAGCUCACGCCCAUCGGAGAGGCCAGCAGAGAGCACACGCAGGCUUAUAUUGCACAGACAAACACAGAGGAAGAGGAGGAGGGUUGGGCCGGAGGUCGUGUUGUUGAGCGACCUGCAGACGGACGCGCACCAGCGGAACGUGAUGCACUGCAGCGGGAGGCUGAGGAACGACGCAGACAAAAUGCUGAAAAACGCCGAAACCGAGUGUCUGCACACAGUGUAGACCUUGAAGGUCAAGUGUUGGGAGCCCAGGGUUUCAUGUCAAGCAGUGACAGUUUGGGACCAGGAAGCCAGCAUUCCACAAGUUGGCACCAGGGCGGCCAUAAACAACAGCAGUGGAAGGGGAGCCAACAGAGUCUUCGCAGUCAUGGAUCUAGAAAGACGUCGGGUAGUCAGGUGGACGGUGGCGCAGACUCGAGCUCUGCCCGCGGGAGUGUCGUGUACGGCCCGGACGGUCAGGUGAUCAAAGUGGGCGAGACAAUGAAACUGUCCGCCCGGGCUCCUGAUAUUGUCAACAUCCAUGAUGCCAAUGUGCUCCCGCCUCACCAUAUAGACGCUAGUGACGAAUCGGACGCUGAAGUACCAGAUGCCUGGAAGGGAAGCCAACGCCCAAGGUCAGGGCGUCGAUCCGAGGCAAGCAUUACCAAACGAAGAGAGUCCCCAAGAUCUGUAACAGAGCAGGUUAUCAUUGACAAGUUGACGUCCCAUGCAAGUCAGAUUGCAGACAGUAUUCUCUCGCAGAAUGACAGUGGACAAUUUCUGGAAGAAGAUAUCAGGCGAGCAGCGGCACUCUGGAUGGACACACACCCGCCUCGUGACAUCUCGCGGAGCCAGUCCGUGCAGGACUUACCUGACAAUUUCCUAAGAAUAUCGAGACUUCAUGUCAUGACGGUCAUCCAGGAAGUGAUGAAGGGUCAAAAGAGGAAGAGUGCUGGGCCCACAGUGGCCGAAUAUCGUGACAAGAUCAGGGGAAACAUCAUCACCGCCCUUGCCAAGGCUACAGGACUGAGUGAGGCAGACAUUCCAACAGACGCUGAGCUGGACCCAGCACUCCUUGAGCAGCUGGCCAACCAGAACCUCGCGCCGGAAGAUAUUGAGAUUUAUCAUGAUGAGGAGACGGGGCGCAGCUAUAUCCGUUCACGGAAUCGUGUAAUCAAUGAGGCGAUGGGAGGCGUGGAGCCGGGACAUAUAUAUCAGCCUGCAGGAAAAGCAGACGGGAAACGUGUGUCCAUCCCAACGGACCGAAAAACUCAUGAUCUUGGUGAGAUUGGCGUUGUCAACUACGGGGGAGCAGAAAAACCAUCAUCUGACAAGGCGCCAUCAGAAAAGACUCCCUCCGAGGUGGGAUCCAAGAAGGGAUCAGUUGUGGGAUCCAAAAAGGGUUCCAUUGCAGCAGGGGAUGAGAGUUUAAGGUCAGGGGCUUCCGGAGAACAAGGUGACCUACAGAAGGUCAUGGCCGACCUUGAGCAGGCUGGUUCCCCUUCACGUUCUGGUGAGGGUGUCAGCUUAAAGAGUGGAAAAAGCGGGGACAAAAAGUCACAAGUUUCAGAGAAGAAGAAGGACGAAUUUGUUGUGGGCAAAGUGCAGAACAAGAAAGAAUUGGAAGAGCUCUACUAUCGAUCACCGGAGCCACCCGAAGAGAAGAAACCCAUCGAACCUACAAAGCCCAAAACACCUCAGUCAAAGAAGUCAAAAGAACCCACGUUGGUACCACCAAAAGAAAAGGAGCCACCGAAAGAAAAGGCGCCACCAAAAGAAAAGAAGCCUAGCACGCCAAUGAAAAAGGAGAAGGUUGAGGCUGCUCCUGCUCCGGCAGCACCUGUUAAGGCGCCAAAACCUCCACCUGGCAAGCCAAAGGCCGGCAAGAAACCCGCCAAGGCAGCUGUGGGCGGCAAGAAGGCAGAAGGCAAGGGCGCCAAGAAAAAAGGCAAGGGGAAGAAGAAGGAGGAAGAGCCGGAAACCGCGGUUGAGGCUGUACCGCCUGUUAAGGAGCCAACUCCUGAACCACUGCCGAAGGAGGCGUCGCCCAAACCACCAUCUGCAGCUUCAGAGAAGUCGGAGUCGUUCCAUCAAGAAAAUUCAGACGACGAGGAAGACUACAUCAUUGUUCGUGACGAGACCAUGUCCCCGGAGGCGGCCCCCGACAAGGGCCUCAAUUUGACAAACAGCGUGGAGGAGGAGGAACCGGAAGAAGAACAGUCUGAACCCGAAGUGGACACGGAAGAUAUGAAUAUUUCAGCUAAGAACAUUGGGAAGGAGUUAAGUGAAGCUGACAAGCUCCGAAUGAUCUCGAACCGGGAGGCGCGGAAUGCUAAGCGGGCGGCAGCAGCUGAUAAGCGUCGCCAGGAAGUCGAACGUAAGCGACGGGAACGCGAGGAGGCGAUCAAGCGUGAACGUGAUUUGGCGGAGCGACAGGAUAAACUCAAGGCAGAACAGGAAGAGCUUCGUCGACAAAAGGAGGAGGAGCGCAGGUUACGUGCCGAAGCUGAAGAGGCCGAGCGCGACGAGGUGAUGAAGGAAGAAGUUGAACGGCAGCGACGGGAAAAAGCGGAACUGGAGAGGGAGAAGCGCAGGAAGGAGGAAUAUGCACGGAAGUUAGAAGAGAUGAAGCGUAAACAUGAGGAUGAUGAAAAGAAACGACAAGAGGAAUUAGAGCGAAAGCGACUUGAAGAGUUAGAACGACGUAAAGAGGAGGAGGAGAUGAUGGCACGCAUGGCCGAGGAGGAGAGACUCGAGUAUGAGCGCAAAAAACGCGAGGAGGAAGAGGAGCGAAAACGUCAAGAGGAGCUUGAAAAGAAGAGGCGUGAGGAGGAGGCUGCAAGGGCGCUUGAAGAAGCCCGGCGAUUGGCAGAGGAGAUGGCCCGUAAACAGGCCGAACUGGAGGCCAGACUAAGGUUCAACAGGUCCCUUCAACUGGAGUCCGAGGGGCUAGACCACACCCAAGACAUCACCAAGGCGUUCGUCUUCUCUUAUUACGAACUCCUCAACUGGCUAGGAUUGGACAUACCCGAGUUCGAGCUUCUUAAGCUCAACGAGUACUGAGCUCCAGAUUAAAACAUGAUGUGUUAAGCUUAAGUUCAGUUGGAAGUGGGAUCAUGCUUUAGUAUAAUGUAUUCAGUUUUAGCCGAAUAAGCACUGAGAAUAUGCGUUAGCUUUAAUCACGGAGUGGUAUGCAUGAUGUUGUGAGCUUAAGUUCUGAGCUUAAGCAUGGAUAUUGUGGAUAAGGGUAUUGUGUUUUCAGCUUAAUGAAAAGUUUGUAUUAAGUUCAAGUUAAGUGAGUUUAGAACAUGUUAAGUACAAUGUGUGUCGAAUUUAAUCUAGAUGGGUUUUCAGCUCAAGUCUGAUACCAAUACCAAGCUUGUAAAAAUAUUGUUAACCUCAAGCUUAAACUGAGUGCACUUACCUCAAAAUCAUUAAGAACGGAGUUUGAAAUGAGCUUAUGCAAGCUGUGGGCAAUAAUUCUAAGUAAAGAGUCAAGUUUGAUCCCGAGUGUAAUUUAGAGCGACAUGAAGAGUACUUUCACAAGCCCACUGAGUACCUAUCUUAACCUCUAAGAGUACCCAGUAUUUAUGAUGAGUUAUGCGUCCUUAGCUGAUUGAGUACUGACUACUUAAGUACUCUCUUUUUUUCCUAUCUGUGAUAUUAUGUAUUCUUGUUGUCAAGUCGCUGGUUGUAUGUGGAAGACAGUCGUCUAAAUCUGUCUGAUACAGCCAGCUUUCUCUAUACAUGACAAAUUCUUGUGCUAAAUCUGUGUGACACUUUCUGUUGUUCAAUCUUAUGAUGUAAUUGUUCGAUCCAGUCGAUAAUGUUCACUUAAAUUUGAAAGAAAAAUGUUGUUUUUUAUCAAUUCAUUUUUGGCAAUUUCAAGGGAGAUAACAAUGUCUUGACUAAAUAAUCAAUUUGAGUUGUCUUUCAUGUUUUAUAAUGUGCCAUUUUUGGUGACAAACCCAGAUUUCUCCAGGUCUUUUUAUAAUGCUUUGAUUUACCAAUAAUUGACUGAUUUUGAUAUUUUUUUGUAAAAUUUACGUAGUAUAUCACAAUGUGUUUUUAAUAGGAUUCUAUAAAUAGCUGUCUUGUCUUUUUCUUUGAUCUUACUUCAAUUAUUGAACCCAGUCCAGAAUGUUUGUUCAAUUUCUAUUGUGUAUGAAUUCCGUCAUAUUUUUAUACCUUUUAAACAUGUGAUGAUGUUAUCGCUGUGAUAAAUGUUUUUAAUUGUUAUUUGUUUCUUAAUUUAGAUAUCAUUUAUAAUGUUACAAUUCAUUCAAACAUAUCCUCUUUCAGUGUGAUGAUUUUAGCUGAUCGGAUGGUGUAAAAAAAUAUUGUAGAUAUUUAAUAUGCAUUUAAAUAAUGGAUUCAAAACCCACUAUUAUAUUUCCGUUUUGAACUAACAAAAGAAAUUCGUGAUUUGAACCAUCAAUAGUAAUUUGAUUGGAUGGAGUAAAAAAAUAUUGUAGAUAUUUUAUAUGCAUUUAAAGAAUGGAUUUUAAACAAAGUAUUGAGAAUCAUAUAUUUCUGUUUUCGACUGACAAAAAAAAUAUGUUAUUCGAACCAACAACAGUAUUUUUUUAAACAUGAUUCAACAGUUUUUAAGGCAUGUCAUAUAUUGGUUGUUUAAGGUAACCCAUCCAUUAUAAAUAGAAAAAAUGCUACUGGUAAUGUUUCAUGAUAGAAUUACAAAAUGCUAAGUUUGAAUUCUUUAAAGGUUUAUUUUAUAAAGACAUAAUGUAAUGAAACAAAUUAAUAAAAUUGCUGUACGAUAGACGUAAAAAUUUAUUUUAUUACCUCCCUUUAAUAUGUCAUAUUAUAAUAGUAGCGACAUUAUGAUGUUUUUCAAAAAUGAAACCCAUGCAAAAAUUGUAUAAUGAUAAAUCAUUAUAAAUUGAUACAUAGAAAUGCACUAUCUUUGCAUUCUUAUGAUGGAUGGCUUACCUUAAUGGCUUAUGUCAAAUUGAUUGUUCUAUAAGAUCAUUUUAUAUUCAUACUGUAAGAGUAAAUAUUACAAAAGCAAAUAAUUGAUUAGUUUGUUUUAAGAUCUUAUUUUCUAAAAUGACAUACACUUUCCUAGCAGUAGUCAAAACUAACACAAGCCUGCUAGCCCAAUUUGAAACUAUAUGAAUAUAUAUUAAGAUCUGGCUCGAAAGACAUUUUUUUAUCCUAAAAUUCAUAUAAAUGUUCCUGUGUUUAUCACAUUUGUUUGUUGUUUUAUCCUUAAUGUAACUUCAUGUAAAUAGUUCUUAUAAUAUCGGGUAUUUGAGUGUGAGAAAAUUCUUCAAAAUUCUUGAGAGCAUAAAACUUUAAGGUAGUACAUGAAUAAAUACAAUACUGGAAUGUUAACUAAUUUAAAAAGUAAAAAGUUAGUUUAUUAUUAUUCUCUUUUUUUAUGCAUAUAUUUCAAUUAAUGUCUAUGAAAAAAAAUGGUUUUAGUAAAUUUUAUUAACCAAUUAUAUUUUUUUUUAGUAUUUUAAGUGACUUAAAGUACUUUUAAUGAACAUUCAAAAAAAAAUCAAGAAUUUUGGAGAAGAAGGGCUCAUCUUUUCAAAAAUUGUUUGGCAAAUUAUCAUAGCAUGCUCAGAGAUUUAAACAUAAUGAUGUACAUGUGAAAUAAAUAAAAACUUAUUUAAAAUAAGUACAGUAUUAAAAAUUGAUUUGUUUCAAAAUUUGUCUAUUAUCAUUUUUUUAAGAUUACUUUAAAUUGUCGAAAGCUGGCCCUAGUUUAAAUCAUUGUUUUAAAAAACAUACUAUUCUUGCCAACAGUAGAUAUAGCUAUAUAUAUCUCUAUAUAUAAAUAGAUAUGUGUAUAUCUGUUUAAUACUUACAGAUUUCUAUAUAUUAAUGCUCAUAAAAUUAUUGUUUGGUGUAAAAUUUUGUGAAAAAAGUACAGUAUGUCUUGUGGGAUAUUUGUGUAUUGAAUUUGUUCAAGUUUUCACUCCCUCUUGUUUAUAAAAUUGUUGUUUAUUAAAUGUGUUGUCAACAUUGAAAAUGUUUGUGUAUCAUGUACUGAAUAAAUUCAUUAUUUAUUUUA